AUGAGCAUCGACCAUCUCAUGGUCAUGGAUUUUGAGUUUCCCCGUCCGAUGACAACGACGGGUUUUUGUUCUCCUCUCUCGCUCAGCAAUGGCCAGUGUCGUGACCGGCUCUAUCCCGUCUUUUGCUCUGCGGCGUCGAUUGCCUGGUUCAAGCGAGCCGUCUUCAGACUAAACACGGGGAAGAAGAGGAGUCGAUUCGCCAGUGACCCAGGCAUACAGGCCAUCUGCGAAGCGACCCAUCUCAAAUCGAGGGACGAAGAGAAGGGAGGGGAUGAGCUGGUGUUGUCUCUGUUUCGCCUGGACUCGGUUGUGUGUGAGAGUUGGGAUAAGUCAGUCUGGGUCUGA